AUGAAUGGAGAACGGAAUAGAGUUUCAGAGGGGGGCAGCUCGAGUUACGGACUACUCAAACGCUGCAGUUCUAUAUGGAUAAGAAAUAGACUAGAAGUCAGAAUGACAAGAUCAUAGCCCAACACCUCCACAGUUCGUGAUGUGGUACCACAACGACAAGAUGAUCAACUACGAAGAAGGAGAGUCCCAGCUGGUUCAAGUCGUGACGGAGCCCGGGGGAGAGAAGACGCACUCUCAACUGCUGAUACCGCGGGCGAACCCGAGGCACUCUGGGAACUACAGCUGUAUGGCAAGCAACAGCGAGCCCGACUCGGUACACGUCUUCGUAUCCACUGGGAACGACCGCGCAUGCAAAAACACCCCCUGCCCUCCACUCCCUGCGCACCAGCAAAAACACUAGAGGAUGGGACAGAAAAUCAAAGUAAGUGUCCACAAUUUUCAAACAUUUUGGUUGAAACAACCAACGGAAAACGGACCAGAUGUGAGCACACGGAUUAA